AUGUUGGAAAGUCUUGAGCAUAGGAGAACACCUCAAAAUCCUGCUGUUGGUGGUGGUGUACCUUUUAUUCUUCCUUUCCCUAUUCCACCCCCUGUUGCUCCUCUUCAAAUUCCUCAAGGUCCUGUAGGUGAUGAUCCAUUUGUUGAGGUUCUAUAUAAUGGUCAAAUUCUUCACCUUACUCCUGGGAUGGCUGCACAAGUGGGUAAUUUGCAAAAUCAGGCUCAUGCUGCCCCCCUUGCUGCCCCUCCACCUCUAUUUCCACCUGCUGCUAUGGUAGAUGAGGUGUGGAUGGUGAAUUUGAAUACCCAGUAG